AUGGCGACCAUGAACUAUGAUCGAGUCACUGCGCAAAUGGACGGUCGCCAUUGGUGGCUCGUCUCCAAACUGCAAGAGUCGUUUGGGGAUGCGCUCAAGUCUGCGCAACUGGAAACCUUUCUCUGCCAACAGGAUACCCUCGAAUGCUUUCUGACUUUUACAGAGGAGAACAACGAGGAGCGCGCAGAUCUACCCUCAGGAGCCACCAAGCAUCGUACUUUGUUUGUAUGGCAAGAGCAAGGGCCUGCCCGUCGCUCAACUUUCAGAAACAGCGAUGACUACUCCUCCUGGAAAAACGGCUUCGACUCAGACCCAGAGACUGGCGCCAUUCACCAGGGCUCGGAUGGCGAUUCAGACUUUGCUCACAGUGAUGACGAAGGCAGCAGCGACGACGUCAUUCCCACCACAUCUGUUUCUCUGGCCACCGGCGUGAGCCAGUUUGAGUGCAGCAACACCGUUCCUGUUCAUUUCCAAGAUAAGUGUGUGUACUUUGUUCGCCGCAUGCGCGGUAGCCGUGUGGGCGCAUCAGCGAUGGACAUCGCAGGAGCUGCCACUUCGACUGGCGUGUCCUUCCAAGAUCGGCCCCCGCGAACUCGCGGCAAUGUUACCAUCAGCGCACCUGAAGAUGAGCAUCAACCAACGCCAGCUGACGCGCCUGAUGUAUCGACGCCAGUCAGCGCCUUAGGGCCACAGUCCCCUGGCGCCGGUGUUGAAACAGGCGGUGAAGCCGCUCCGGCAACCCCGGCAGCUGAAACGUCAGGUGGCUCAUUGCGUUCCAGUGCCUCUGUUGAUGUUACGGCAUUCACUGACAGUGUGUGCUGGGGAGAAAUCGAGCCCGAGCUUGGCCCUGAGAUCCAGGCCAGUUUCCUGACCUCGGUGCUACCUGCGAUCGCCGCGGCUGAUUGGAACUCGUGCAACGACGAUCAAGUCGGUGCUUUUAAAGUGUCAGUCGAUCGCAUGCUCAACGCCAUGCCAGAUGGGCUGGAUGUUGAAUCACGACUUGCGUUCCAACGCAAAGCUACGCUUCGCGUUUCGCACGAAACCCAGUUUGCUGAGCUGAGGCCUGGAGGCCGUGCAAUUCCCUUGGCUGCCGUCAACCUGGCAGAACAGCUCGUGGAUGAAUGGAUUUCUCUGGUCGAGGACUUGCUUGCCGAGGCAGCUCUUGAUCGUGAUGUGCGAUAUCAAAGUCUGCAGGGGGAGUUCGACUUUUGGACUCACCGCCUCACCCUUUUAGCCAGCAUCACAGACCAACUCAAGGGUUCUGUCUGUCAAAAUAUCAUCAACGUUCUCAUCUCGUCCCAAUCUCGAAUCGUGAAACGUUGGCGCGUGGUCGAUUCCGCCAUUACCGAUGCCAGCAAUGAAGCCCGUGAUAUUCUCAAAUUUCUUGAGAGUGCGGCCUCGAGCGUUCAUGCUAUGACCACCCUUCAGCCAGGUCUGGAGAGUGCACAGGCCGCCAUUGAUCAUUUGGUCAACACCGUCAAAGCUGGGAGCUCUUUGUUGCGGCAUCUCAAUUCGGGCAACUUUGCACAAGUGUUUUUCACUCGGCUCUCUGAUGAACUUGCCGAAGCGUGUCGCUUACUACUGAGCCGCACUGCCGAAAAUGACGGCGUGGCCAAGCGCCUUAAAAUUUUGAACGUCUUGCUCGCUGCAACUCGCGGCGUGCGCGAUCUUCCCAUCUGGUUGCAACGUUCGAGCAACGAGGAUUCAGCUCAGCUUCGUUUGGCCGCCUCGCCUAAAAUCAAGGAGGCCAUCGGACUCUGUCGACAGCUGAGCAAGUAUUGCGAUCGCUACGUCAAUACUUUCUUGCCCCUUCUCAGUCGCCGCUUGCAAGCCCUUGGCAAGCGCAAAUCUCAAGACUCAUUGGCAGAGCUGCGCAAGCCAAGUGGACGCACUCGUCUGCUUCCAGCUGGCAGCACUGGAGAAAGCGCCCGCACAACUCGAAGCGGCUCCACGAUCGACUUAUCUUUGGUCUCACCCAUGGUCUUUCACGACGUCAAUGCCCUCCGUGAUCGCCUGCAGGCACUGGAGGCCGCUUUGCAGUUGAGUCUGACCUACUCAGCGCUUGCUCGGGAGUGGCGCGCGUGCUCAGAAAUCGAGGUGCUGGAGCUGGCCGUGCAUCACGCUGAUCUUGUCGAGAACACCAUUGCAGCCCAUCGAGACUGCCUUGACAUUGUCUACGCUGAUGACAGCUUCUCUCGCGACGUGGCGACAAUCUGGGAGCAAACGCGCCACGUCGAGGAGCGACUCAAGCUCGAGCUUCCAACCUGGCUUGCCUCGAUCAACAACGCAAAAGAAGCCAUUGAACGCAUUCAACGCUUGCGGGCACUUGAACAUCGGGACGGGCUGCGCGUCUGCUUGUUGGAUCUCAAAACUCAUGCGUACGAGGCUUACUCUGAGGAGUUGCGUGAGCUCCAGACGGUCUACGAACGCGAAAAGAGCAACCCUCCGAUCCAGCGCAGUGCAGCGCCAGUCAUUGGUCACGUCCUCUGGGCUCGCCGGUUGCAAGACAAAAUGGCCGGCCCCAUGGCCUUUUUUGCGGCCAACCCCGACGUAUACCAGAGGGCUUCUCCCUCAGCUCAAACGCGCGAGCUGUUCGAGGCCCUCAACGGAACCCUCGUCGAAUACCAGCAGCGGUGGCUAAGUGAAUGGCGCUCUCAGCACACAGCUAUGGCCUCAGGCAUGUGCGCCACUUUGCUUGUUCAACACCCAACAUCCAACCGCCUUGUGGUCAACAUUGACCAGAAUGUCCUGACUCUCAUGGAGGAAGUGCGUGCCAUGUCACAAGCCGAUAUACAAGUUCCGGCUGCUAUGCACGCGCUGGUGACGCGUGCCAGCAAGUACAAGCAGUUUUCCGAUCAACUGACUGGCAUGUUGGACCGCUUUUACGCGCUUAAUAGCGCCAUUGACGAGCUGAUCAAGCCCCUGUUGCUGCCGCAGUACCACGCUGUUAUGCAGGCCAUGCGCCCCGGGCUUGUUUCGCUCACCUGGGAAGCCUCCAAUAUCGACGUGUUUGUGCGCGCCGUCUGUGACAAACUAGACGUUUUGGACACUGGUGUUCAACAGCUCCAGGACAAGCUGGCCUGCGUGAUCGAGCCCGAACUCAACGGAGUGGCUGCCUCCACCUUUGUACACUUUCCUCGCGGCGAGCAUAGUGCCGAGACAAUGCUGCACGGACGCGUUGAGCUUGUCAGCACGCAGGAUGUGACAACCAAACAUCGCCUGAGCAACGCUUUCGUGGCUCUGCAAGAGAUGCUGACCAGCGUUGAGCUGCUGCGCUCCGACUCAUUUGUUCAUGACAAUUCUUGGGAUGCCUCGCAACUCCUCAAACACAAGCUGAAGCUGAUCAACCUAAUUCAGAUCCGUGCGGAGCAGAGCUUGGAUUCGUGCAUCCGCCACACGCUCGAGGACUUGCUGCAAUGGAUGCAUAGUGAGCAACAUGAUUUCAGUCUUAUGGUGCUUGUGGAGAUGGCUGCGCCGCGCCUGACUGCCAAGCCUACCGGCCCACGCAUGGAGUCAUUUAUGGAUGAUAUCAUGGCUGACGCCGCAAGCGUUUAUAUGGAGAGCAUGCAGUUUGUACGCGAGGCGUCUGCUUCAGUGCGGUCGUCCAUGCGUGCACAGACGGCAUCCUUACGCGAGCACCUGUCACGCUUGAGUGUGCGCUCUGCCUCGGCCACCCGCCGUGAGCGCCAACAACUGGCAUCACGUACCAUGGCCGAACAGAUUGACGAGCUCCAUGACUUGGAGCGUGCGCUGGUUACCAUUCAUACAUCCACCCAAGACAUGGCGGCCUCGGAUGUCUUGCGUGGCGAUGGCCUAGUGACCUUGUCUCAUGAUGUGCGCCGUGCUUGGCGAGCCCUGUGGGCAGAGUGUCAAAAUGAACUAACCGCAUUGGAUAAUUCUCUACGCCUGUGGGGGCUGACUGAGCAGCCUUCCCGGUCUGAUUUAGCAGACACCUUGACUGUGUCAGCCCUGGUAAAUCCAGACUCAAGUCUUGAUCGAAUCAAACGAGUCGAAGAGAAGAUUGAAUCCUUGCCGGAUGCGCUGUUUACUUCUGGUCCACUGGUCCUCGACUGUCGGCCUAUUAAGUUUGCGCUUCGUUCCGAAUACAAUCAGUGGAAGGUGGCUGGCGCUGCCCGAUUGCACACGGAAGUUCGUGAGCAGCUGCAACAAGCCGAAGAGGCGGCCGUUCGGCUGCGAUCAAAACUUGAGCAAGAGGUGACCUCUCUGAUUGAUCUUCAAGGCAUGAUUGACGUUCUUCAAGCACAGGGCGAUGCAUUUGCGGAGGAGGUGAAUCUUGUGCCGAUCGAAGAAGCCUAUAAAAUCUUACACUUGAUCGGCCUCGAAUUAUCAGACGCUGAGGUGAAGCGUCUCAGUGACCUUCGCACGCAGCAAGCGAAUUUGGAUCAGCUGUCGCACCAGGUCCGAUACCACCUGACCAAGGAGCGUAAACCUGAGUUUGAGCGGCAGAUUGACGGACACGUCAAGACACUAAUGGUGGCAUCAAUCCACCUUCGCAAUAGCUUUGAUGCCAGUGGCCCUUUGGUGAAGGGGAUCAGCGCCGACGAGGCCCUGGUACGACUGCAACGUUUUGAGGAGCUCUAUGACAAGCUUGCAGAAGAACAACGGCUACUAGCGACUGUUCAAAAUUUGCUGAGCAUUCCGAUAACACAGUUUGCCGAACUGAACUUCAUUCGCAGCAAAAUUCAGCAAUUGUGGCGCCUGUACCACAUGUAUCAGACGUUUGUCAAGGACAACACGGCGCUGCUGGAAACACCUUGGCAAAAGGCAGAUCUCGAUGCAACCGAGACGCGCUUACAAGAGCUGGCACAGCAGCUGGAGCAGCUCCCGAGUGGUCUACGCCAGUGGGAAGCCUUUUCCCGAAUGGCUGAGACAAUCAAGCGCCAGCUUGAGUCAUUGCCGUUGUUGAAGCUCAUGGCCAAGCCCUUUAUCCGAGAUCGUCAUUGGCGCGAAAUUAUGCACAUUACAGGGACAACUUUCCCACUUGAGGGUCUUACCCUCAGUAAAGUGCUUAGUCUCCAACUCGUGGACUACGCUCACAAGAUUCAAGAGCUUGCGCGCCUUGCUGCCGCCGAGGCCGAUCUGGAGGAAGGAUUGGCUGCCAUCCAGUCCCUUUGGAAUGACAGCGCGUUUCCUUUCCAUGGCAAGCCUCCCAAGCUGGGCUUUUCGUUGGAACGCCAAGCUACACAGGGCAUGAUCGCCUCGGCUCAGGAUGCACUCAUGCGCCUAAACAGCAUGCUCACGUCGCCGAGUCUUGGGCCGCAUCGCAAUGAAAUCGUUUCGUGGCUGGCCAAGUUACGGGGCGUGUCCACCUUUCUGCAGCAGUGGCUUGAUGUUCAAGGCUUGACCCACGAGAUGAAGAUCAUGAUGGUGCAUGUCGUGAUGGAAGGUCCCCGGCAUCAGCUCAACCUGAUUGAGCGCGACUUUUUGAAGUUUGCGCAAACUGCGCGUGACGUGGGCAAUAUUAUGCAGUUUUGCUUUGGCAGCGAUGGUAGUUCGUCAAAGGCAAGCGCCCUACAAAGUCUGUUUGAACGCUUGGAGGGUUGUCGUCGCACUUUGGCAGACUAUCUCCAAGGCCGCCGCAACAAAUUUUUUCGCUUCUACUUUGCGUCGGACCCUAUUUUGCUGCGUGCGCUCAGCGAGACAACGCCAGCGUCGGAUGCCCACGAGCUCUCAGAUGCUUGGAGGGCAAUUCUACCCAUGUUUCAAGCCUUUUCGCUUGGCACAAGUGAUGAAAGCAAUCAAGACGGCCAUUGUCAAAUCAAGGGCGUCUAUAACGCCCAUGGAGAGCAACUCGAGCUCACCAGUCCUGUGCAAAUGGGUUUGCAGACAGACGUGUGGAUGACCCAGCUUUUAUCACAAGUUUCACGCGACGUGCGCCAGCGAAUCCAUGCGUUGUGUGGCAAGCUGCGUGCUCGACCGGCACAGGCAAUUACGCUCGCUUUUGAUUCCUUGCGUGUAGCUGGGCUUGACGCGAGUGGCGAUGAUCGACGCAACUCAGGCCCGGAGCAACGCGUGGCCACGCCCGUUGAUUUGCUUGAUGACGAGCCUGACCAUGGCGAAGCCUCACCACAGCUUCCCUCUGGGAACAACGGUCAGGAUUCGAGCGCACAGGGUGCAGCUGCAGCAGCUGCAGCAGCUGCAGCUCGGCAUUCCUUUUAUGCUCCCUUCAACGCGCUCCAGAGUCUUAAUUCGGAGCCGCUUCAAAUGACGUUGAUGGCACUUCGCCUGCAUUGGACCGCAUUGCUCGUCUGGGCGCUCGAGCUUAUGUCUGCCAAUCGCAACGGUUUGAAAAGUGCCAUGAGCGAGCUUUCCUCAUGGAUUCACAAAGUGACAUCCAGUAGCUUCUUUCGCAAACGUGGGCGCAAGACGGCACAACAAGUCUUCAAAAUGCAGGCUGUGCUCGUGUUGCUCACUCACUUUCGUGAGUUGACCAAUGACCUGGCCUCGGUGCGAUGCCGGGAUCUCAGCGAUUUCCAUUGGAUCAAGCAUCCACGCUGGUAUAUCGACCCAGAUCAUGAUCAAUUGGAGAUGCACGCGUUGCAGGCCACGCUGCCCUUUGCAGGAGACUUUCUUGGCAUGCCCAAGGCCAUUUUUCUUCAGCCCCUGAUGAUGAAAGGCCACGUGCUCUUGCUCAACGUUUUGCGCCAGGGCGGUGGGGUCAACGGCGCACCCAUCCCAGCCAUCAGCAGUAGUGGCGAACAGCCAUCGCAUGUUGUUGACCACUUGGGGGAGAUGCUGGGCCGUCAUGUCUACAAGAUCACGUGCACGCGCUCCAUGAACAGCACCAGCGUGGUGCGCUUGCUCAACGGCAUUUGCUUUUCUGAAGUUUGGGGCGUUUUGGACGACGUCGCCCAACUGCCGGAUCACGUGUUGGUGAUGGCUGUGGAGCAUUUGCGCCUCAUGCGCUUUCGCAUGCAAAACACCUUUCCAAUGGCUUCGUCUGGGCAGGAGGACGUGGAAGAGCCAGACUCACCUCGCAGUGGGCACUUGCAGAAGACGUCGGUUCAAGACAUUUUGAGCGGCUACACGGCUUAUCACGGGUGCCCGUUUGCUGUGUUUGCUACCUUCCAUGUGUCCAAUCCCCCGGACAAGAUUCCUCGCCAUCUUCGCGAUGCCUUUCGAGAUAUCAAGUGUAUACGGCCGGAUCCCAAGGCCAUCAUUCGCAUCUGCACCAUGGCUGCCGGCCUCUUUGCUCAUGCCGAGGACGUUGCCGAGGCCGCCACACAAGCCCUCUCGUUGUGUCAGGAUCUCUUUCAAAAUCGGUCUGAGCUGAGCUUUGGCUUUCGCGCCUGGCAAAAGAUCUUGCGUACCAUUCCAGAGGUUCUUGCACGCGUAGAGGCCAUUAAGAACGAGGAGCUUGCACUGAACGAAGCUCCGCGUCGCGGCUCGAACCUUGCAAGCGGCAGCGCCCACCAACGUGUGGGCUCAGUACUGGCCAACAAGGUCUCGAAUCCACGCCGACAUGGCACGCUAACGGCCGCAAAGCACACUCACCGCGUAGCAGCCGAUGAGGUGGAGCGCUUGGCCGUGGCUUGCGCGAUCUUUGAGUUUUAUCAAAGCGCUCUGGACUCUCGUGAUCAGCACACCAUUGCCGAAGUUGCAGAAACUGUGGCACCCAAGUUUCGCCUGUUGUAUCCGCGAUUGAAAAUGCCCGUGGGGCCCGCAAAUGAACACCUUUUGCGCAUGGCCAGUCUUCGAGGCUUAACAACGAAUGGCACGUGGCUCGCUACGGCACACGCUCUACACUCUGCCCUUCAAGCCAGUGCUGUAACCAUUGUGCUGGGCGAGCCGGGCGUUGGAAAAUCAACGCUGAUUGAAACUCUGAUCGGGUCGUAUGCUGGCGAUGAAACCGCGCAAUUCGGCAAGCCCCGCAUUCACCACGUCUAUCCCGUGUGCAUCGAUCACGCCCGCCUCUUUGGAGGCGUUCUGAACGAGGUGGACUGGGUCGACGGGUUGCUGACUGAUAUCGUUCGUCGGGCGCGAGAGGCAGGUGACGAAAGCACCUGCCACUGGAUUCACCUCGAUGGCAACUUGGAUGGCACAUGGGCUUCUAUUCUAAAUUGCUAUUUCCUUGGUGAUGAGGAGCCCACCAUGACGCUGGGUCUCGGGGAUAAGCUCACCGUGCCUCGCAACGUCAAGUGGAUUGUUGAGACCGCGGAUGCCGACUCGCCUCAUCUCCAGGAGCUCGUAGAGCACGCCCGUGUGGUGCGCGUCUCGUCAACUUGCUUCGAGGCCAUGCAUUUCCUGGAACCCUGGCUUGCCACGCGACGCUCCCAAGAGGCUGCCAUACUCCGGGAUCUGAUCAACAAGAUCUUUUUACCUAUGGUCGAAUAUCUUCAAGAAAAUCAGCCGCACGCUGUCAUCGCCGUAGCGCUCAGCACUCAAGUGCGCACCUUUUCUCAGUUGUUGACAGCUCUUUUGGCAAAUUCUGUGUCAGCUGCCAUGAUUCUACCCGAGGACAAUAUCGAGUGCUACGUCCUUUUUGCCACAACUUGGUCGCUGGGGGGCGGGCUGCACGAGACUGAGCGCGCUCCAUUUCACGAAGCCAUGAACAAGCUUUCCCUUCUCUUACCCGAUGAACAAUCGGGUCUGACCGUGUUUGAUUACAACAUCUCACCGCUUGCUGAUUGGGAGAGCUGGGCUGAGCUGGCCACAGAUCGCGAGUAUGAUCGGGCCAUGCAAGGCAACGAGCCCGAGCUCUUCUAUACACCAGAAGUCGUUUGUGGACACACACUCCUUAGCUUGCUAGAAGACACGGAAGCCAACGUCUUUGUUGUCGGACCCUACGGCUGUGGCAAGUCACAGACUGUCCAAGCCUUCCUGGAAAGUGGACUCAAGGAUGCAGCCGUCAACGCGUAUGCCGUCACGAGCAGCACAUUUGCGGGUCAUUUUCAGCGCUUCAUGUCACGCAACACGGUUCAACGGACCGGGCAAGUUUACGGUGCUGAAGGUGGCAAACCGUUCAUCAUAGCUGCGGAUGACCUCGACAGUUCGCGCACUCUUGGUGAAGACCACGCAGAGCUCAACGAGCUUUAUGAAACGCUGCGUCUGCUCCUGGAAACGGGCCAGUGCUUUCCGGCCACGCAACCACGCCGUGAUGCACUGGACCAUCCCGCGCGCUCCGAGGCCAGCGGCAACGUGCCAAAUAACAACGGUGGUGCAGCCGCCAAAGGCAUGGCGCAGGACAAGGAUCGUUUUGCCAGCGUGCGUUGGAUUGCCGACGUGCGCAUCAUUGCCACUGGCCAACCCCAAAUGGCGGGCACGGAAACAGUCGAUUCCUUUUCGCGCCUUGCCCGGCACUUCACGGUCAUAUAUCUUCCCAACAGCCAGCCUCAAUCAAAUCAGCGCAUCUUGGCAGCCUUGAUGGCAUCCAAUUUGCCGCAAGUUGCGCCUUCUGGCGUUAUGCGUGACACCGAGAGCGGGGACGCCGCUUCUGGGCACCAACAGCUCAUGGAGCGCGAUCAGCAUUACUUGCAAGUUCUGAUGGAGCUGGAUGAGCUGAGCCGCAUGCUAGUCCAGCUGGCCGACCGUUGGAAAGGCCAACUUGUGCCCAUCUCGCCCGACUCUUUUCACGUGGCGUGUACAUUUCGCUCGCAGGCUGCGAUUGCCAAGGGCAUGGCCCGCGCAGACCUUCUUACCCUAACACAAACGGAGCGGGUGGCCUUGUGGUAUGAAGAAUGUAUCGCCGUUUUAGCAGACCGCAUGACGCUGGCUGAGCACCACUCUCGGUUUAUGCAGCUCUUGCACGGCGUGCUUGCAGAUAGCGAAACGUUUGCUCCGCUCGUGCCCUUCCUCAACCGACCUUACACAGCGCCCUCUGUCAUCGAGGAGGACGUGGUGGCGCCGUUGGCGGACCAGUCCACCUAUGAUGCCGCCGCCGCCGCAACAGACGGCACCUCGCUUAGCAAUUACAAUUUGGUUCCCUUCCGCCGCGAUUAUUCGUGGGCCAUGGCCAACAGCGACCUUGAGGCUGCCAACUCACCGCUGGCUCACGUUCAGCAGCAGCUGAGUGCAGCAGGGCUGUGUGUGCUCGAUGUUUUUGAGCGCGUCAGUUUGGCGUAUGACCAGAUUCAUAUGUCUGCUGUAACGUUGCCGCUGACAACCUUCGUCGACGAGCUCUGGGGGGCGUGUUUUCCGCACGCUCCACCGCGUGCUGAUCUCGAGGCGUCAAUUCGAGCUGCACUCGACUCUCACGUGGAGACAGUGUCGCACCUUGACGCCGCCGAGCUCAACGCCACUGCAUCAGCCAUGGUUAGCUGGCCACCUGCCCAUUCUGAGGCGAGUGCCUGGCCGGACACGUUUAUUGACUUUGUCGAGGCAGAAGCAGUGGUACCAGUGAGCGCUGCAGGCGAGGAGCAUCGGCAAGGGUCCUGUCUGGCCUCCCGUUGGCCCAUUCUCAAGGGCCGCUUGCAACAAAUAUGUCAGGACAAGCUCGAGGAAACAGGGCAUCUGUGGUCAUUGGCUCCGCGCAUGUUGCAUCACAUCCAGCGCCUGCUGCGUGUCAUUAACAUGCCGCAGGGUCAUGCUGUGUUUGUGGCGCCCCCACUGGCACGAUUGACGGUGGCGAUUGAAUGUGCCGCCAUCGUCGCGCAAAGCGAGAUGCGUAAGAUGGCUUUUACCGAUCUUUCCGGCUUUCAUCGCGAAAUGCGCGCCCUGUACCGCAACUGCGGCACAAAGAACCAGCGCUGUGUGGCUGUUAUCGAGGGCAAUGUCUUGACGAAUGACAUCCUGGCCGAGAUCAACUCCUACAUCGCCGUGGGGUCCAUCGAUUCGCUGUUCUCCCUCGAAGAGGAACGAGCGCUCAUGGAGGGAUUCCAGGCCAACGCGUCCGAUGCAGCGCUCGAGUCACCUUCGACCCUCUUCAAACGGCGCCUGCGAAACAAUUUGCAUUUUGUCUUCUUAUUUGAAAAUUGGACCGGCCAGCUGGCCGAGUUUGCCCAAGCCUUCCCGACCUGGUUUGCCAACAGCUACAUUUGCAAUGUAACGCCACUCAAUGCCGUCACACACCGCCAGGAAUCAGUGGCCCUGCUCUUGCAUCACCCUUGCAUGCGGCAUAUGUCCGUCAGUGGUGUUCUACAGGCCGGCCAGCUUCUCGAAGAGGUUUGUGCCUCCGCAAGAUCGCUGGAUUUGGACGGUCUAGGAGACUACCAUGCCAAGCUCAUGGCGGCUCUGUCACACUCACGCUUGCUUGAACGCGUGGAGCGAUACGAUUUGCUGCACCUUCAUCGUUGCCUGCAAGCAUUUGUUCGCGUCUAUGAGCGGGAGCGAAUUUCCACCGAGGACCGGAAAGCCCAAUUGCAGGCUGUGAUUGACACCUGCGGGUCCACCGAUGCACGAAUCACCGCUUUGGAGCGAGAGCGGAAGGACAACGAGAUCUGCUUAGCCAAGUUGGCCAAGCAAAUUGAUGCAGUUUUGGGCGAGCUUGCCCACAGUGCGGCAGACGUGAUUGACGGCAUGGCAGAUGAUGGCUUUGAGAGCGACGACGAUGAGCACAUGCUCAAUACGUUCAUGAACAAGCGUCGCCAAACGCUGGUGGCACCGCACGGCGAAACCCACGGCAUGCUUGUGCGCAUGGCCCUGGACUCUGCUUUUCGACGUGUGGCAGACGCACAGGCGCGCCUCUCGCUGAAACGCAUUGACGCUGUUCGCACUUUGCCUAAUCCACCCGAGCAAAUCCGGCAUGUAGCGGACAUGCUCAUGAUCGCGCUGCGCCGCCCACUGCCCAGCGAUGCUGCGACGCGCCGCAACCAACGUACUUUUAUCGACAACUGGGCUCACACCGCCAAACAGCUACAAGAUCCGUUGUUGCUACCAGCCAUUCAAAAGUUUGACGUUCGCCAGAUGGAUCAGGAGCAAUAUGAAUUGCUCGAAACUUACGUACAGAAUGCCCACAUCUCUGAAACUCAAACUCGCCACGCGUCCAAGGAUGCAGCUGUGCUGUUGCAAUGGAUCAUGUCCAUGUUGGCCUAUCGCCGCGAAGUCGACAACGUGCGUGCGACAGCAUCUUCGCCGUUGCUGGCGACAGCCGAUCGCCAUUCCGAGGCUGUCAUCGAGACAGCCACGGAAGCCGCGAAUGACCAACCAAGUGCAAAGACACCGGCCCAUGCUUCAUCUGUGACGACGAAUUCGGCCCAGGAUCAGGGACUGCCGCCCUCUUCCUCCAUCGGCCAGGCUAGUCAUGACAAUGUGUCAGAUGCGGCCAACUCGGUUUCAGCAACAGGGGGAACGCACGAGUCAGAAUCACGGCCAUCCAGCGCCCUGGCUCAGACAGCAGUUCCAGCUGACGCCGAGGAGAAGGAGAAAGAGAAAACGCAACGGCGCUCGACCGAUGCUGCUACUCUGGCCUCUGAGGCCCUCUUGGCGGAUAGUAAUGUGGGUGGCUCGGGCUCUCGUCCAAGCUCGGCUGCGGCUCUACUCUCGCCUAAAACCGGCGAAGACUUGCUUCGGCAGUCGACAGAUAUUGCAGCAGCGCAAAAUCGCUACGCCCGCUUGGUGGGCGAACUGCAGGCGUACGAAGACAGUCAGACCAAGUUGGAGCAGUCGCUGCAGGCUGCUCGUCAGCAGCGUGCCAGCUUCAGUCCAUACAUUGAGGCCUGGCAAGCAGAACUGGAUAGUCUCAUUAUAGGCGGAGUCGUAUGCUUGCGUAACGCUCUUUUGAUUGCGGCCAGCGUGGCGCUCACUAGCCAGGCCAGUGAUGUUCAACGCCGCGUUGCCCGUGAGAGCUUUGUGCGCGUGACGGCUCACGUGGUGAAAGAUCGCCUCCGCUUCGAGUCUGCAACCGAACAGUUGCGACGCCAACCCCCAAGCCUCAUUCAGACGCUGCAGAGCUCUUCCAAGCUCUAUGGUGCUGAGGAUAGCCAUGUCACGCCUCCUCGUGCACGCCGCAGUAGCGAGGUGGCGGCGCGCACUACCCGUGGUCGCCGUAGCUCAUUGGUGGCUACUCUAGAAACGGCCCGUUUGCAACCCAUCAACCCUGGUCGAAGCAGCUCGCUCUCAAUGCCUGUGUUUGAUGAGGUUGCUGAGCGAGAGCAACAGAUGCUCGCACAUUUCCCAGUGGUUUUCGAUACCAUUUGUUUGCACGAGUACAUCACCGGGUUGGACAUUGACGUGGAGGAUGACCUUGGCCUACAUCAAGCGCUGCACUUCAACAGCGAAACGCUUCUUCAUUCGCGACUCAGCAUGACCUGGUUCCGACAUGAGUGGUGUAUGCUAUAUGAUCCUGCUGGCUUGGCAGUGAGCUGGUUGCAGCGUGAACUGCAGCAAGCACCGCGUUCGGCUGGUUAUGCUGACUAUCACCUGCGGCCGCAAUCGCUUCGGCUUGUCAAGUUUACCAGCCAGAACCUGCGCGCCGAGAUCAAACUGGCUUUGGGCAUGGGGAGCUUUGUGAUUAUGACCGAGAUUACUGAUUCUGCUUGGCGUGAUCCGGUUGUCUUAAGCUUGUUGCGGCGCCAGGAAAGCGAGACCUCGCAAGGUGGUCGCGCGCUGGUACUGGCGGGAGAGGUCGUCGAGUGGAACCCAGCCUUCAAGCUGGUCUUGGUGUGCCAAACGCCAGUGCCGGUGCCCCAGCAUCUACAGGAACACGUCCAUCAGGUCUCUCUUGUGCCGACAAUCACAGAAUGGCACCGUACCUUUUUCGCCCGGCUUGUUCUGUCCAAACUACCGGGGCUUCAUGCAGCCCUGAGCCAAAGCAUGGGGACACUGGCUAGCGAGACGAUUCGCGCCCACAAAUUGCGCCAGCGCUUGCUUCAGCUCUUGGCCACACCGGCCACUCAGGAGGCCGCUUCGCCAGUAGCCGCUCCAUCGGCACUCAGGAUGCCUGCGCCUUCUGGCGGAGCCGUAGAACUGAGUGGGCGGGUUCCACAAACUCUUGAAGAGUGGGCUGCGGAGAUUGUGGCAACGCAGCGCGAGUACUCGCUGCUGGCAGGGCGUGCCACGGCAACUCGGGCAGAGGCUGAAAAGCUCAUGUCCACCUUGGUCCAGUACGACACGGUGGCGCUCGAGGUGGCGUCACUUGCUCACGCUGCCUGCAUUGCACCUGCGUUGGACAGCACCUACUUGGUACCCGAUGUGCUCCUUAUGGCUUUUGACAGCGCCGUCCAAAAGGCCUUGUCUUCGGGCAACGUCAGCGGCGUGGAACUUGGAGGCGUCAUGGUGGGUGAGUUCUUUGGCCGCAUUCGCCCGCAGCUAAGCGAGGCCAAUUGCAAAGUCCUGGAAAUGGUCCUGGCGCUUCAGCUAGAAACACUCGGGCCGGCUCCUGAUGACAUCUCACUAGAGGAGUUUUAUCAGUGGCUACAGCGUCCUGACCCGCAGCUCGAGCACGACUGGCCCACUUUCGACGUUGGGCCUGCUGUGGAUAGCAAGGGGGGCAUCGUUCCCCUCGCAGACCUCAAAGCCCGCGUGGCCCAAGUAGAGGCGCGCAUUGUGUCUGCUACGGCUGAGGUGAGGGACACUGAAUGGCUCGCGCCCUUGGCCGACUUUGUUGAGCCCAUCGCACGCCACCGUGGCGAUUGGGUCACUUGGAAAGAUGGGCCAGUGCCGGAAACCAUGGCUCUGCCUUCUGGUCCCUCCUGGCUGCCCGGGCCGGGCACGCGACACUUCUUGAUGAUACUCGGCGCAUUGCGCCCAGAUCGCUUUGCGCAGGCCUGCGAUGUUUAUUCGCAACGCUACCUUCGUCUACGCUCGGACGUGCGCGCCAACAUCCGCAACAUUGUUGAGACGAUCACGGCAGCUGGCUCAGCCCACCCGACCGUAGUUCAAUGCGUUGAGCCACGCAGUACGGCUCGUGCUUUUGUGGCGCAAUGCGCUGAGGCCCCAGAGUAUGUGAUCAUGUCAGUGGGCGAGCAUGCCCAGCCCAAGGCGGUAUUGGCGCACCUGCGCAUGGCCAUGGCGCGCGGCUGGUGGCUCUUCUUGGCAGACAUCGAGAGUAACAUCAAUCUAGCCAUGACUUGCUUCCGUGUGGCGCGCGCAGCCAUGCGAACCCAGCGUCAUGAUCAAUUUCGGCUAUUCUUGCUGGUUACAGGCACGGCCCACCUGCCCGAGCCUCUCCUCACCUGCUGCACCAUGGUCUCUGCAGCAGCAGAGAGCACCCUGCGCCGCCGCUUGGCUCAGUACCUCUCCGACUUGCCACUACGCCUGGUGACCUGUUCGUCGCGGCCCGAGUGGUUGCAUUUGGUUCACAACAUUUGUCUCUGUCAUUUGGUCUUUCAGGGCCGCGCUCUCUUUGGCUCAAUCGGCUGGCGAUCGACCGUCGAGUUCCCGCAAAAUUACCUGGACGAGGCUCUGGACUUUGCUGCUGCGGUCUAUGCUUCCCAGAGCGGAGGCAGCCAGCGUAUGGUGGCGCUGCGCCACUACAUGGAGUUGCAGUACGGCAGUGCAUUGACCAAUCAGCACGAUCGACGCAUGCUAUCCACUCUGCUGUCCAUGUGGAUUAGUAACAGUGCUUGCAAGCCCGGCUAUGAAUUUUUCCGCACAGCUGCGCCACCUGGGUCUAAUGCAUUCCAGGGCUUGGAGUCGUACAAGAUGCCCAGUAUCAACCCUCGGCUCAAGUCACGGCAAGCACAGAUGCUAGAUUUGGCACGGCAAGUUGCCUCGUCACUGUCACUGGAUGACGCCGCAUUGUCAUCCAUCUGCCAGUUGUCCACCGCCGAGUCUGUGAAGGAGACGCCGUCAGAGAACGUGAGCUUUUUGCUACGCGAAGCGCUUCGUGUCUUGUUGCCCUGGCUAGACGAGUCGGGGCAAUCAGCAGCACGUUCAAAUCACCUGGCUCGCAACAUCUCGUCGGCAAACAUGCCAUCCCGCCUCAGCAAGCCGCGUCGCUCGUCCAUGACCAUGGCCUCGGUGAAGCGUACCACAGCCAGGGCGCGAGGACGCGAUCGCUCAGAACGACAGCCUCUGGUCGUUCACGAAGACCGUUUGCUGCCGGUCGAGGUUGUCCGCGUCAUGUCCUUGCUUCCUUCUGAGGCCUCCUUGGUCAAGACGCUGCGCAAGCUCUCGUCUGCAAACUUCAAUCCAGCCGCUAACCGAUGCUUCCAGAUACAGUUGGAGAGCGUCUUGCGUAGUGUUCGCCGUAUAUUUAGGGACAUGCAGGCGCUGGAGUGCCUCGUGCGGGGCGUCUUUGCCAAGUCUCCGUAUUUGGUGGAGAUUCUGCGCUGCAUUGCAGACAACCGGGUGCCCCCCAGCUGGGAGGGCCUGGCUAGCCCACAGCACGCUACAAUCCUCAUUCGUUCUGAGCAAGAGUGUUACACGGGGCGCAGCCGGGAACUCAUACACACUACGCGUCUGGCAUCCGUGCUUGCUGCGCUCAAGAUCAAGUCGGUCCUGAGCAACGGAGAAGGGACGCGGUUUUCUGCGGAAGCUACAACCCGUGAGCGCGAGCAUCUGCGCGAGCCACCCACUGAGGGCAUGUUUGUUCACGGAGUUACUUUGUAUGGGUGCUACUGGGAUAAUCCACCUGGCGAAGUGCGCGAGCACCCUCUUUUUGUGGCGACCCCCUUGCCUGUGAUCCAUGUGCACUACUCUUUGCCCAAGCCACCGGAUGAGGGUCGCACGCGUCGUGUCGCGAGGGCCGAUGACUUGCGGAAGAAGGGCCCUUUGCAAUUGCCGUUGCUUCGCGGCCUCAGCCACUCGUAUGGAGAUGACAACGAGUUGUUUGAGGUGACCUUCACCAGUGAUGCCUUUGAGAGCAGCAAUCAGCUGGUGUUGCGUGGAUGCUGUGUGACCAUGGACGAAUAG